CCGCUGCUCCAUCGCAUCUCAUCUCCGGAAACCGCAAGCUCCGCCGUUCGCUGCUUCGCCUCGACACCAACCCUGUGUUGUCUCCUCCAUUCUUGCGAAACCAUAGCUGGAAGGCAUCACAUCCACGAUGUAUCUCGUGUCGCAGGCUCUUGAAUAUGGAGCUCCGCUUUUCCUGAUCACCUCCCCCUUGACCUCCUAUGCGGACCAGAUCCUCAGCAUUCAUCGGAGUCGGAAUUCCGCGGGCUUCUCGCUGGAUAUCCCUCUGAUCAUGCUGGUCGCCUCUGUCUUCAAGGUCUUUUACUGGUUCGGCGCUUACUACUCCCUCUCGCUCCUGAUCCAGGCCGUCAUCAUGAUCGGCGUGCAGAUGGUCCUCCUGAAAGUCGCGUUGGACAAUCGCCCUCCUCCCGGGGUCAAGAACAGCGUCGAGCACGUCCCCUUCAGCAGUGUGGACAACAGCGGAGGGGGUCGGCCCUACGAGUUCUGGCAGUGGAAGAGCGCAAAGCCCUACUGGCUCUUCCUGGCCUACAUGAUCGGCGCCCUGACCUUCAUCCAAAUCAUCCUGCCCCCGAUCGCCAGCUCCGACUUCUACAUCAAUGUCCUCGGAUACGUCGGUCUCGCCGUGGAAGCCACGCUGCCCCUGCCGCAGAUCGUCAAGAACCACAAGUCCCACUCUUGCGCCGGGUUCCGGGUGUCGGUGCUCGCCGCCUGGAUCCUGGGUGAUAUGAUGAAGCUGAGCUACUUCUUCUGCAGCCAGGAAGUGAUCCCCUGGGCCUUCCGCAUGUGCGGCCUGUUCCAGUGCGUUUGCGAUCUGUACCUGGGCGUGCAGUUUUGGAUGUAUAGCGCGUCCUCGUUCCGGGCUGCGGGCAGUCCGCGGGGACCCAGUGAGAGCUGGAAUGUGGAGGAGAAGGACAUCCGCAUGACUUGAAUGAGAUUAUACACGGCCGUGGGGGUUCCGUUGCAUCCGUUGGCGUUGUAUAUAUCGCUUAGUUAGACGCGUCGGACCUUGGCUGGGUCGGACAUGAGUUGGACUGGUAGAAGACCUGAUAGGAUAAUUAAUACGCAUGUUU